CUUCAAAACUCAGAAAUUAUUUUUUUUAUUUUUUUGAAUUUUCAAUUUUUUUCUCUUUUUUUCCCUAAAAUCACACCGCUGCAAUUGUUUUGACCAAUGUCUGCAGCAGUGCUUCUGCUCGAGGCGGCCAAGAUUCUUGCUGCCAGCAAGCAGGAUGGCAGCGGCAGCGGCAGCAGCGACGAGGAGCCGAAUAACCACAGCAGCGGCAAUAACAAUGGCAACAACGGCAGCCAGCCGACCACCUCAGCAGCAACAGCAGCAGCAGCAGUAGCAGGUGCCAACACUGGCAUGACUGCAAUCGCUCCGGUGACUGGAAUGGCUGGAAUGGCUCCAUUGAAUGGGUCGCAGCAGCAGCAGGAGGCGUACAAUUUGCCAGGACAACCACCACAACCACUACGACCACCACCACAUCCCGCAAUGCCAGGGAGCAACACAAUGCAGACGACAGCAAUGAUGAUGCCGCCGCCGCCGCCGCUGCUGCCAGCGCAGUUUGCACGGAGCGCUGUGCCGCUGUUCGACCCGUAUCUCCAUCGCAAGCAGCAGCAAUUGCAGCAGCCCCAACUGCCGUACGAUGCUGCCCAUGCGCUUCUUCCUCCUCCUCUUCAGCACGACCAAUACGCAGGACUCGGAGGCAUGACAGGCACGCGAGUGCGCGCGUCGGCGUCCUUCUCUGGCUUUGGCUCUACCGCAAAUUACAACCCGAACGGGCCGAGCGCACCUGACUUGAACAAUAGUGGUGGUGCACGAGGUAUAAUGGUCUCUGGAGCCGGUGGUGCGUUUCCACGCAUGUCGCCGAACGAGCUUGGCGGGAAGCGGUCGCGAGCGGCAAGCAUGAGCGCCGGCGACUCGCCCGCCAGCGGCGGCGGAUUCUCGCCAGCCUCCUCCAUCGGCGGCGGCGGGAGCAGCACGAGUGGCACACAGUGGGUGAAAAACCGCGAAACACACAAUCUGCUCGAGAAAAACCGCCGAGCACACCUCAAGGACUGCUUCACUGCACUCAAGGACGCGAUUCCAGAGAUUGCCAACAACCCCAAGACGUCCACCGUCGCCAUCCUGCAGCACGCACAAAAUUUCAUUGUCAAGCUGCAGUUCAUGACGGAUUCCGUCGUUGCGAACAUUAACGCCUUCCAGCAGCACAACCAACAGGCGAUGGCGUUGCUCCAGCAGCACAUGAGCGCCGAAGAGUACGAGCAGGUUGUUCGACACGUCGCCUCCAUGGCACCAGACGGCCCAGCUUCCACCCCAGCAGCCGGUCGUGGUGCAUCCAACGGACGGAUUGCAGCCAAGCGCUCCGCCACGGCCACAUUUUCGGGCUCUGACUCCGACGAGGACAAACCCGAGCAUGUAGCCAGGAAAGCACGACAGAGCCAUGCAGGUCGGGUUGGUGGUGCUGCCAAGCCAUCGAACGGCCGCGGUGGCGUAGCGAAAGAUCCCACUCGAGCAGUCGUCGGGGACUUGAUGAUCAACCCGCACCAGUUUGCGCUGACCACCUCGACCAUGACUUCCAAGCACCAGAUGGACCGUUCGCUUGCGAAUCGGCGGCGUCGCACGCAAUCUUUCGCAGCGGACACGACACUUUCACGUCAGCGCGAACGCUCAGUUCAGCUGCGAGCGCCUUCGCCAGCACCAUCCGAAAAUUCAGAGGCGCCGUCUUCUCCCUCAUCGCCGUUGUCCACCUCCUUCAAUGUCGACAUUGAAGGAUCGAGCGAGUCUGAAGACUCUCCACAAAGCACGAGCGAAGCAGGAGAUGCAGAGCAAGUCCGCAAGAAGCCCAGGCGGUUGGAGGCUUGAACAACAUCGCAAAACCCCACUCUCCAAAUCGCCCAGCGUAGUGUCUUUGCCAACUGUUGAUCGCUGUUCAUAAUUGUCAAUAUCGAAAC